CCGGCGCCCGGCUCCCUCGCGCUAGUCUUGCUGUGUUUUGAUCACGUGGCCCGCUCCGGGCGCGGCGCUUGUUUUGGUUUCCCUCUAGCUUGCCCCUGGCAGCUUCGGGGUGAAAGACUUUCCUGCACUGGCAGUCGCGUGUGCUUACACGCUGACCUAUUCUUCGGGCUCUGUUAGCCCGCAGUUCUGCAAGCCCCUUGGGGCGUGCUCCUGCCAUGCCGCUGGUCCGCUACAGGAAGGUGGUCAUUCUCGGAUACCGCUCUGUAGGGAAGACGUCUUUAGCACAUCAAUUUGUGGAAGGCGAGUUCUUGGAAUGCUACGAUCCUACAGUGGAGAAUACUUACAGCAAGAUAGUGACUCUUGGCAAAGAUGAAUUUCACCUACAUCUGGUGGACACUGCAGGACAGGAUGAGUACAGCAUUCUGCCCUAUUCAUUCAUCAUUGGGGUCCAUGGUUAUGUGCUCGUAUAUUCUGUUACGUCUCUGCAUAGCUUCCAGGUUAUUGAAAGUCUGUACCAAAAGCUGCAUGAAGGCCAUGGGAAAACCCGGCUGCCAGUGGUGCUAGUGGGGAACAAGGCUGAUCUCUCUCCAGCCAGAGAGGUACAGGCAGUAGAAGGGAAGAAGUUGGCAGAGUCCUGGGGUGCGACAUUUAUGGAGUCAUCUGCUCGAGAGAAUCAGCUGACUCAAAGUAUCUUCACUAAAGUCAUCCAGGAGAUUGCCCGUGUAGAGAAUUCCUAUGGGCAAGAGCGUCGCUGCUAUCUCAUGUGAGCCCUCAGACAUGGGGUAUCUGCCUCAUUUCUGCCCCUGGCAUUGGCCAGGCUCCACUGCGGUUGGGCCCUCAGGACUUCACGGGUAUGGUUGCCAGCUGUGUAACUGGGCACACGGCGUGGCACCCUCUUGUUUGCACACUUUCCCCAGGCUCCAGUGGCCUGGGUGUCAAUGUUUACAAAGGGGCAAAGAUGUCUCAUAGGCUCUGGCCUCUGUUUUUGCUCAAUGACUUCUGUUAUAACCUGUGGGGUAGGGUAUGAGUCCUAGGCGUCUUUAUCCAGGACCCAUCCUCCUUGUGUAGGUUUUGGAUGCUGGAUGGGUGAGGGGAGCUGGGGACUCCUGAAGAAGAGCUGGCUCCAUAGGAUGACAAUGUAUAUAUGCAAA